AUACUCAUCACAUUUGAUUUUAGAUACUGUUCUGUAUACUUCUUCGAGUAGUUUUCACAGAAAUAUUCGAUAUUUCUUUUUUCCCACACUCUUACUCGAGCCUCAGUUUUUCAUUUUCAUUUUUCUUUCAAUAGAUUUAAUUGGUUUUGGUGGACGUUUUUAUAUGAUUAUUAUUGUUGUUGUCGUUGUGUGAAUUUAUUUGUGGUUCUCGAAAAAAAAAAAUAGUGGAAAUGAACGUGAUUUUAAAAUUAUGAAUUUCAAUUAAUCGGUAAAGAUCUAUAAACGUCGAAUAGAGUAAGUUUUCUUUUACGUUGUGCUCUAAUGGGAUAAUUUCAAGUAAAAUGUGAAUCAAUUCGUGUCAAAAUGGAGAGAAAAGUGCAGACAUUAGCACGGAAUCGAUAUCCGUCGAUUCAAACGAUGCAGAAAAUCGAUUGCAGCAAAUAGCCGUAUUCUACGGCACUUGAAAGUGCAAAUGAAAAGAAAAAGUUUCACGGUGCUGUGACAGAAAGAGACCUCAAAAACACGGAAUGAUGGAAUCAAAAUGGAUUUCAUUCAAGAUUUAUUAGUUUCGAGCGAAGAAAAAGAAAAUGUAUUUCAUGAGUUAAAAUUAGAGCAAGAAAAUAAGGAGGAAAAAAUCAUGGAUAAAUCUGUGAAUUCUUCUUGUGGCCGAAUGGACGUAUAAGCAGCAGUGUAUUUUACAUACUCGUUGCAGAUCGCAGCGAAUACGAAAUUGUCCAAAGUGUACAGCGAGUGAUAUUAAAGUGUCUGUGUAAAAGUGAUUGAUUUCGCUAUUGUAAAAUUCGAGUCUCGUUUCGACCAACGGCGACAAAAAAGUGUGUGUUCAAAAUCCAUUGGGAAUCAACGAGAAAAACAAAAAAAAAGCCAGAGAGAAAACGUCGAAUCACAUUUUAUCGAGUCAAACGAAACUAAAUCCAACAACAAGAGAAAUAAAAAAAGGCGAAAAACAGAACAUUCCGGGUGUGUGCAUGCUGAUAUUAAAUUCGCCGACCGGCGAUAUUUGAAUUUGUGUGUGCAUUGAAUGCGCGGCGCUUAGAGAGAGAGGAUCAUUCGCAAAUCUAUUUUGUGUGUUGGCUUUUCGUUUUUGGAGCACAAGAUUCGUAAAUUUCGGUAUAAAAAUAAGCAAUUGCACAUGGCAUCACGUAGCCGAAGCGCACUCGAAUAGUGCUUUUUUUUAUUCUUGUUGUUGUUGCCUUUGCUUUGUGUGUGAAUGAGCGAUUUGUACAGUGAAAAAAAGUGUGUAUAUAUAUAAAUGCACGGUGGACUGAGGAGAAAUCGCAUUGAAAAGCGUCCCUCUUUCUGUCAGUGUUUUAAUUUCACAAUCGCGCGGUAUUGUCGGUGUGUAUUUUAAAUGGUUUUCAUCAGUGAACCAAAAUAAAUUGCCACGAGUACAUAGUGCUACGGUGCGGUCUACGAACACGAGAACCAGAGAUAUUACUAUAUCGAGACGAGAGACAGCAUUUCGAAAAGCGAUUUUUAUUUCGGAGAAGAAGAAAAAAGGUCAACGCAAAAAAAAGCACACAAAGCCAUACACAUUUUUUUGCAUAUUACCUCAUACAAUAAUCUACUUUGUGUCAAAGAAAGACGAGAGCAGAGAUAGAGAGAGGAAGAAGAAGAAGAAGAACAAAAACACGUUGCGCACAUCCUCAUAAUUAGAUAGGGAAUGAAAAAGAAAUUGUGUUUCCGCAUUGAAAAUUACACAGAUAUUUAUAGUUGAAACGUAUAAUAACGCCACAACAUAAAAAUUGAAUUUGGAUUCUUUAAUUGAGUGUAAAAUCUAUUCAGAAACAUUUGUUGUGAAUUUAAAAAAAGUGCAAUCGAGACAAGUUCCAAGUUUAGACCGCAAGCUAAACUAGAAUUUUCCAAUGAAAAAACCGUUCAAUCUUUAAAACCUUUUAAAGAGCGACAAAACAGCAUGAAUUAGUGUCGAAACACGAGAAGAAAAAAAAAGAAUCAGGCGGAAAAAAAACAGAACGUUGUAAUUAAAAUUGACUGUGAGCAAGUGUUAAUAACCUCUGCGAGUGUUUGUAAAGUGCAUUUAAAUUCAGUCGACACAAACUUCGGCGACGACGACGACGACGACGACAACGACUCACAAGCGACAAGACAACGAUUUAUAUAUACACAAAUGCCUAUGUGCCAGUCGCUGCCAUACAAAUUCAUUUGACCAAAUUGAAAAUUAAAUGUGCGAUUUCGAUUGUGCUGUGCAGCGCAUCCUUCAUUUCGUCAAACCAGUAACUUGUUGUUUAAAAAUAAGCCGAAAAAACGAGCACCACACACACACAUUUCGCAUAAAGUGCAUCAUUGAAAUACCAAGAAACUCGAAUUGUUCGUGUGUUCAUUGUGAUACAUUCAGCGCAAAGAUAUAAAAAAAAAGAGUUGAAAAAAGUGGAUUAACACCAAAAAGUGACCCGAAAAAACGACGCGAUUUCCGUUGAUAGACGAAAAUAAAACCAAGUCAAUUUGACAGAGAGAAUAAGAGUUAUUCUGGUAUUUAGCAAAACAGAACAAAACGAAGCGAAAAAGAACAACAAAGACUAUUGAAAGUUGUGAAUUUGGAACAUUGUUGUGCAUCUGAUGUGUUUUAGUGUGUGCGGUGGUUUAGGUGAACGCUGCAAACCAAUUUUCACGAUUCGGUCGGGUUUGAUUGCGUCAUGGCAACGACUGCCAAACAAACAUCUUCCAAUUCAUCAGCAUCUUCAUCGGUUCGAAGUUCUACAGCAACCGUUUCACAAACGCAUUUUCAACAAAAUACCUCCUCCCAAUUGAAUAUUACCACGACCCAUCAUCGGUCAUCAUCCCUGUCCGAUUCACCAAUAAAAUCCACCACAAAUCAUAUUUAUCAUCAUCAAAUUUAUCGCAGUACAAAUAGCAAUCAGAACGAGCAGGCCGAACAGGACAUUGAGAUCAUUGCAAAACAGAUAUCCGAUCACGCUGAAGAAAUUUAUCGGACAUGGAAGGCUCGUGGUUUGUCAACACCUGAGAUUCUCAAUUGUCAUUCGGUGAAUAGUGACGCAUUUGAUAUAACAUUAACGCCGUCCGUACAAAGAUCGUUGCGACGAAGUGAGUCACCGCAAUACGAACCGAAAAUCACAUUAGGCGAACUAUCAAAAUCAAGUAAUUGUAUCGAUACGGUGUCGGCAUUGCCCAAUACAUCCGCCAAAAUGUCGAAUUCAAACCUUAAGAAACUAGUCAGCACAUUUGUAAACGAGGACCGAGCCCGACAACAGCAGCAACAACAACAACAACAUCAGCAGCAGCAGCAGCAGCAAUCAUCGAUCGUCGCUCGUAAAACCAAUAUACUUACGAGCGGCACGAUAAAAGAUGCAUUACGCAAAUUCGAAAACAUUGACAACAAUGCAACAACAACCAACAUACGGCCAAACUAUUUAAAAAAUAAUCGAUCGCCAAACAAUAGUAGCACAGUGCCAAGCGCACCGAUCGCCACGACAACGAUUGCGCAACGUGAAAAAUCACUAAAAUUGCAAUUAGAUCAAACGCAACGAGAUCAUUUGCAUUCACAGUCGAGCAACAGUUUGGACACAACUAACAAAUUGAAUAAGAAUGUGCCCGAUGUUCUCAUCAAUACGAUUGAACAGGAGAAAUUGAUAAAGCCAUCAUUAUUACUUAAUAAUAGCAAUAAUAGUUCAGUGUCUAGUUCGAGUGGAUCGGCGACAUCGACGACGACGACAUCAUCAACAGCAAAUAGUAAUAGUUCAGUGGCAUCGCGAAAAAAACCAGAAACUCCGGCCAAACCAGCCAAUUUGCUCAAUCAUACGCCCGCAUGGUCGCUGAAAAAUCGACUGAAACCCAUUGAAAACGGUAGCAGUAGCACCAACAACGACAGCACAACCACCGUCAAGGUUGACAAAUCACACGAAUCGUCGACGGCGACACCGACGACGACGACAAAGACGAAGACGACAACCGCUCCACAGUCAGCAAUCUCGAACUAUGACAAUGACAUUAAGAGUGCGAAAUUGGUGAAUAAGCAAAAUUCUAAAAGCAGCAAAGUGAACAAGUUAAUGGAUGAGGUUUUAAUGGAAGAGGAGAGACUUAUAAACGCAUUAAAAACUGGCACUAUUCUCAAUAACGAUAAAUUGCCCGAAGUGAUAACGUCGACACUAUCAAACACAAAUAGCAAUUCAAAAAGUCAAACCAAUAGCAACACAACCAAUUCAAUGACAAAUGCAAAAAUUGUCACGGCAAAUGCUGAACCACAGCAGCCAACCAGUUGGAAUGGUGCUCAAAAGCCAAUUGCGACGGAGGUAGCGAAAUCGACCAGCGUCGCUACCAAUGAAAAUGGCGCACCACAGCUAAACGAAGUGGAUGGCAUACAUUUGAAAAUGAACAAAUCGCGACCGAAAAAUGAUGCGGCUGUACCACAUCCGGAACUUAGUUUACACACAAAUAAAACGGGAACGAAACAGGCUGGUACAGUGCCUGCUGUUCGACCGUUUUUGACACGCGGUUCGGUCGCCGAACGUGUUCUCAUGUUUGAAAAAUGUCCCGAAAUCAAGGCUCUGCGAAACGCACCAAAGGAUGCCAACAAAGUACCGGCGAAGCCAGUGCCGAAGCCAGAGCAACAAACAACAUGCACUACACUGCAGCGCACCAUUCGAAACACGAAAAAUGUUUACAUCCCAAGAUUUCAUUUUCCGUUUGGAAAACCAUUGUCAUCGAUUACAUUGGAACAGACACUGCAACGGCUUUCGGCUGCAUUCGAUGCAUAUCCAAAUAAUGCCAUGUCCAAAGAUGAUUUUGUUAGCGUGCUAAAAAUUUGCUCGCUUCCGUUCUACUGGCGAAUGCCUUUAUUCAAUUGCACCCAAUUGACGCCAGCCGGACUUGUGGAUGGGAAGCGAUUCGUCGACUUUUGGAAACAGAUGUCUGUGUUUUGCAAUGAUUCGGUGUCCCGUUUUGUUUAUAUAAUGUCACGUGGCCAGCGAUCACGGCCAUACAUUUUACCUGAAGACUUAGUUUGCUUGGUGCAGGAUGUCGUUGAUACACAUCCAGGUCUUGCGUUCCUCAAAGAAGCCUCUGAAUUUCAUUCACGCUAUGUGCACACGGUCAUUGCGCGAAUAUUCUAUGCGGUUAAUCGCAGUUGGUCGGGCAAAAUAUCAAUGGCCGAACUUCGACGCUCCGAUUUACUUCAAGUCUUACGAUUGCUCGAGGAAGAGGAAGAUAUAAACCAAAUCAUGGCAUACUUUAGCUAUGAACAUUUUUAUGUAAUCUAUUGCAAAUUCUGGGAAUUAGACCGUGAUCACGAUUUGUUUAUCGAUCAAAAUGAUUUGGCCAGACACAAUGACCAUGGUUUGUCCCUUUCCACGCGAAUUAUCGAGCGAAUUUUCUCCGGAUGCGUCACAAAAACCGCCAAAGCAAACAAUCAACGGAUGUCGUACACGGAAUUCGUGUGGUUUUUACUGUCUGAAGAAGAUAAAAGCCAUCCGACAGCCAUUGAAUAUUGGUUUAGAUGCAUGGACUUGGACGGUGAUGGUGUUCUGUCAAUGUAUGAAUUGGAGUAUUUCUAUGAGGAACAACAGCAUCGCAUGGAGUCAAUUGGAAUUGAGACUCUUCCGUUCGAGGAUUGUUUGUGUCAAAUGUUUGAUAUGAUUAAACCAAGUGUCCCGGGUUGCGUUAAAUUGGGCGAUUUGAAGCGAUGCAAAAUGACACCCAUUUUCUUUGAUACAUUCUUCAAUUUGGAGAAGUACAUGGAGCAUGAACAACGUGAUCCAUUUGCGUCACAGCGUGAAGAUGAAAUGUCCGAUUGGGAUCGUUAUGCGGCUCAAGAAUACGAAUUGCUUGUGGCCGAAGAGGGUGGCGAUACUCAUGGCCGAUAAAUUAUUUGUCACCAAAAUAAAAAUCCAAACGGUCGCUUCACAUUUUUUUAAGUUUAUAAUUUUGGUUAAUUUAAAUGAGAUGAAGAAUGUAAAAAAAAUAUAUAUAUAUAUUCAUUAGAAGGUGAGCUCAAUGUUUCAGUGUGAGGAGUGCGUGUGGUUUUGUUGUUUUUACUAUUUUCUAUUUUUUUGGUUGAUUCUGGAAAUUUAUGUUGGUUCUUAGAUGUUGAAAUUGAAUUUUUUUUUUAUUUGUUUCGUGUGUUUAUUGAAUUGAAACUGACUAGUUGAGACACAGCAGUUUUUUUUAGGGCGAGAGCUAAUGCUUUGCCAGAACAAAACUUUUUUAAAAUUUACUUUGCUUUUGAGCUGCCAGAGUUGAAAAGAUUUCUUAUUUUGAACAUCAUUACUCAUUCAUUUAUGCCGAUAACUUUUUUUCUUUCUCUCUCUUCCAUUCUUAGGUCUUAUGAUGAUGAGGAGGACUACGAAUCGAAUAUUGAUAUACUGGAAUCACAUAUGGACGAUCAAAGCGGUGACAUAAAUGAGUUGUAGUAUUGCCUCCAACAAGAACAGCAGCAGCACAGCCAAGGCGACGAAUUUUGAAAUUCUGCGCAACUUUUUUGCGUUUGUGUGUGUGCGGUCGAAUCAAUGACAAAUGUGAUUGAAAUUUAACAAACAGUUUUAUUUAUUGGUGGAUUCAAUCGAAGAAGCAAAAAUGAAAUGGAAAAUGACAAAUUCUCAAAAAAGAAAAGAAAAAGAUAACAAUUUCAAUGCGAAAAUACAUCACGCACAAUCAUUAUUAGAAGAAGAUUUGGAACAAAUACAUGAUUAGUUGAUUAGUGCCAUGAAAUUGCAAACCUGAAUCAGGACAUUCAAUUGUGCGACUCUAUGUGUGGAACAGUCAAAAGGAAAUUUUGCAAAAUGGCUAUUUUUUCACCCAUAUUUAUCUUUCGAUUUAAAUCGAAAAGAAACAAACAAAAAUUACUACCGUGCGGUAAGGAUAUAAUAGUUAGACAGAUAUAAUUAACAAAUCGUUGCCAUUGUCCGCGUGUUUUCAUUGUUCCAUCUCAGUUCUGGAGCGUUGACUCAUUUUGUUCUAGAUAACAGAAAAAAAGCGAUAUGCGAACAUGUAGUCAGUUGCAUUAGAACCUUGUUUGACGAGAACACAAACAAGCAAAACAAAAAAAAUGAUAUAAUUAACAUUUUGUAUUUAUUUCCAAUGUUUUCAAAUUGAAAAGAAAAGAGCAAACUUUUAAAGAUAUAAUUUCACCACAUCACCAAAUGAUUAAUGUAGUUUUUAAUGGAGAUUCAUAAAAUUUGUUUUUAUUUUAGUUUUUUCUCUUUUUCGUUCGCUUGAUAAUUAUUUAAUUUAUCUGAAAAUUUGCCAUUUUUAUUUUGCACGUAUUCCUUAGGAAGUUUUUUUUUUUUUAAUUUUAUUUAUUUAAAUACUAGAAACACAACAAGUUAUAUAAAUCGAUUGAGAAACCCAUCAUCAACAACAACAAAAAACUCAGUACCUUUUAACCAUAUGAAUACUAUAUAUAUAUUUAAUGGAGUAGAGAACAAGUUUAACCUAAACCGAAUUGUCUCCAAACUGACGAAAUGAAAUAAAAGCGUCCAAAGAUAGUAACUAAAUACCGAA